AUGACACGGGUUCAAACCCAUGAACUCAGUCGUUUUGAGCAACCAAGAGCAAAUUUCCAAGGACUUGUAGCGAUUAAAAAAUAUCGUCGAGCUGCUGCCGGUCGUGACGUUUGGAACGCAUCAGAAUUCAGACCACCACACGUGCUUUUGCGUACAUUGAAGCAUUUAUUUACGACAGUAUUGUCGUGGCCUCAGAGUGGUUUUAAUUGCCGUAAAUGUGCUCAACUGGACGAAUUCCUAGCAGUUUAUCACUUUGUGAAUGAUCGUGUACGUAGUAUCCGACAAGAUUUUACAGUUCAGAGGAUCGAGGAUGUGUCACUAGUGACGGCAUUGCAACAGAUCACACGGUUUUAUCUAGUGGUGAGAUUACGCUCGGUGCAAUUAUUCGGUGGUUCCAAGGCACAACAAGAUUGGAGUGAUAGAUUGAAUGAUGAACAAUUAAUGUCAGCGCUUUCGCAACUUGAGACACUGUAUCGUAUGCAUGAGUUUGUGCCCGAGAGCGACCAAGAUGAUUCAGAACGAAAGGAUGCCGAGGAAUUUAUUGGGUAUGAUCUGCUGUUGCAUGCUGAUGAACCGCAACAUGUGGCCUGGAUGUUGCGCAAGCAUUCAUCAAAGCUACGUAGCUUACCAAUGGUGCAACGUGCUUUGCGGACGUGUGUGGCAUUGCAGACAGAUGACUUUAAUGCGUUUUUUAUCGAGUUUCACGCCAUGACGCUGCUGGAACAAGCUGCGUCGCUGCGUCAUCUUGUAAAAGUAUGGACCCGCAGUUUGCACAUGAUGAACAAAAGCUUCGGCAAACAGGAUCGCUUUUCGCUGGAAGAACUCGCACGCUGGAUGAACCUGGCUGACCCGAACAACACAGCGGUAUCCACCAUCAUUCCACCACCACCACCUCAAAAUGAUGCCGGCCGUGUAGUUGAGUCUUGGGAACUAAUCAAUGAGGAUCUUGCUGAUCAAGUGGUAUCGCGGUCAGUGGCAAAACCAUCUUCGCUCGGGUUUGCUCAAUUCAAACAUUCACCAGUGCAUGACCAGCUUGACUUGAAUGCGGUGGAGAUCUUACUCUGCAAUGUAGCUCUUCGAAUAGAGAAGAACUCUGUCCAGUUGACGACAACAGAGCUGAUCAUGGACGAUGGUGUGGACGAGAGUGAAUCGAGUGAUUCAAACGGCUCGGACUGGGAGUCCAUUGUAGACGAGAAAUCACCAUCCGAGGUACAGUCAGAGGAGGAGGAGGACGCGCCGUCCUGGGACGAGCUUGAGAAAGAAGCACAGGCUUUCGAUCGUAUGCGCAGCGAAAAGCGUGGACCUGAUGAUGAAGAUGAAGACCAAGACUACCGUUGUACGUCCAAGGAGAAAAAAAUGCGUCGUCGCUGA